AUGUUACGUCUGUCGAAAGGACUUCGGUGUGAAAAAGUCUAUCUAUUCGCUCUGCGGGAGAGGAGAAGAAGUUGCAUCGCGCAAUUUUCCGACAGAAAGAUCAACUUUGGAACGAGUGAACGACACGUACUGGUUGGAACUAAUUUAUCAAAAAUCUGUCAUCCGAAGGUGAGCAAAACGAGAGGAGAACCCAGUAUGAGCACAAAUCUAAAGGAAGCCCUUUGCGAGAAGAUUCCCGUGCAUCACGAUCUUCUGAGAAACUUUCGACUUUACUUCGGUCCAAGUGUCGUCAGUCAAAUCACGGUCGAAAACUUGUACACAGGAUUAAACGAUGUAAAAACUAUCGUCAAGGAAACCUCGGAACUUGAUCCUAAACAUGGUAUCGUAUACCGUGGAUUAACUAUACCGGAAGUGAUCGCUCUACUGCCUCGCGAAGGAAACUCGCCAAGCGCAGAGGCUGUAUUUUGGUUGCUCCUAACUGGUGACGUUCCUACACAGCAGCAAACUGCUUCAUUGAUCGCCGACUGGACGUUACGACGUAAAAAAUGUACAGAAUGGUGGUCGGGACCACGCGGCGAAACAAUAGCUUCCGUUCUACGUUCAAUGCCCGAAACAAUUACACCCUUGCAUAGAUUGUCGAUCGCGCUCACAAUUUUCAACAUCAGCAAACAGACGAGAGAAGCUAAAAAGCACGGUGCCAUGCCUUAUACUUAUUGGGAGUAUAUCUACGAAGAUGGUAUGGAAUUUCUCGCGACCUUACCAGCAAUACUCGGUUUGAUUGCCAAAGGCCAAACGUUGACAAAUGUGAGCGGUGAUGGCGAUUGGGUGCAAUUUUUGUUAGAUUGCUUAAGAAACGAGAGCUUAGACAGCCGAAAAUCAUCGAUUGCGGAUUUUCUCAGAUUAUACAUCACUUUAAAUGCUGACGAUGAUGGCGGAGCUCCGAUUGCUCACGUUACGCAAAUUUUGGGUUCAACUGAUCUCCAUAUAAAUGAGGUAUUAGCGAGCACCGUUUUAGCGCACAUUGAAGAGCCUAAAAGUGGAACAAUGUUGGAGUGGAAAAAAUUACAAACAAAAAUCAAAAACACUCUUGGCCGAACGUGGACGGAACAUGCCUUACAAACCUGCGUGCUGAAUUUAUUAAGCAGAGACAAAUUAAUAGGAUAUAAGCAAGCUGAUUUUUGCGAUCCACGAUAUACCGCACUCCUGCAUUACGCCAAGCAACAUUUGCCCAAUAAUUCGGAAGUAAAGCUCUCGGAAGAUAUUACACAGAUAUUAAGAACGGCAUUAAGAAGACCGAAAAGAAAGGAUAUUUAUCCAGAACAGAAUGCCUUGGCUCCUGUUAUUUUUCAGUAUUACGGAUUAGAAGACAUGAGAUUUAAUCAGAUGAUACUUUAUAUGGCACGGACUCUGGGAGCGAUCGCCUCGAUUAUCUGGACGAAGAUUGUGAACGCGCCUAUCGAGCACCCGAUAUCAAGUUGCACUUACAACUAUGUAGAAUCAGUUUGCGAUAACGGCACAAAGAAUCGAAAACGUAGGACACGAAAGUAA